AUGCUGGUGGCUGAGGACGUUGCCGCAUCUGAUGCCGCCAUUCAGCUGCCACAGCUGAAGGCAGUCCACCCGGCAUGGCAGGGAGGAGACAGUGGCGAGGGCGAGGGCAGUGAGGAGGACGCGGUGUGCAGCGUUUGUUUCGAUGGUGAUGCUGUAGCUGGCAACGUCAUCCUGCUGUGCGAGGGCAAGGGCUGCAGCGUGGCGGUGCACCAAAUGUGUUAUGGCGUCAGCACGGUACCCAAGGGCAGGUGGCUGUGCGAGGCGUGCAAGGCCAAGCUGAACCCGUGGGGCGCGAACUGCUGCGUGUGCCCUAUGGUGGGCAGCGCGGUGAAGAAGGUAGCGUCUCUGGGGCGGCUGGUGCCAGCGGGCAAGCCAAAGGCAGUGCACUGCCACUUGGCCUGCGCGCUGUGGGUUCCCGAGAUUGAGCUGGCCAAUCACGAGCAGAUGGCAGGAGUGCGGCUUGACAAAUUGACCGCAGCACGUACACGCCUGCGAUGUGAGCUAUGCAAGCAGGCGGGCGGCGGCUCAGUACAGUGCGCGAUGGGCACCUGCUGCCGCUCCUUCCAUGUGCUGUGCGGGCACGUUGCUGGGCAGACGCUGACCUUCCGUUCCACCGACGGCGAGCCGCUUGCGUUCUGCGAGCUGCACUCGCGGCCCGCAUUUGAGAAGCUGGUGGAAGAGCUGGUGGACGGCAAGCGGCCCCUGGAGUUCCAGGGCACGCCGCCGUAACAGGUGGACCUGUAUUGGUGGACCUGUGAUAAGCUGGCCUCCCCAACCAACCUGUAAUAAAACACGCC